CGACGCUGCCUGGAAGGCGAGGCGGGAUGUCGGGAGCGGGGCCGGGCCCCGUGGCUCAGGGGCUGAAAGAGGCGCUGGUGGAGACCCUGAACGGGAUCCUGUGCCCGGUGCAGGGGGUGCGCGCCGCCGCCGAGGAGCAGGUGAAGGUGCUGGAGGUGACUGAGGAAUUUGGUGUUCACUUGGCAGAACUGACUGUAGACCCUCAAGGAGCACUAGCCAUUCGUCAGCUGGCGUCUGUGAUUUUGAAACAAUAUGUAGAAACCCACUGGUGUUCCCAAUCAGACAAGUUUAGACCUCCUGAGACUACAGAAAGGGCAAAAGCUGCCAUUAGGGAACUGCUUCCCAAUGGAUUGAGAGAAUCAAUUAGCAAAGUGCGCUCAAGUGUUGCUUAUGCAGUUUCAGCAAUAGCUCAUUGGGAUUGGCCUGAAGCUUGGCCUGAACUCUUCAAUCUGUUGAUGGAGAUGCUGGUUAGUGGGGAUCUGAAUGCAGUGCAUGGAGCCAUGCGAGUCCUUACAGAGUUCACUCGGGAGGUGACAGACACACAGAUGCCCCUUGUUGCUCCUGUUAUUCUUCCGGAAAUGUACAAGAUUUUUACGAUGGCAGAGGUGUAUGGUAUUCGUACAAGGUCACGCGCUGUGGAAAUCUUUACCACAUGUGCCCACAUGAUCUGUAAUAUGGAGGAGUUGGAAAAGGGAGCGGCUAAAGUUCUGAUUUACCCUGUGGUGCAGCAGUUUACUGAAGCCUUUGUUCAGGCCUUGCAGAUGCCUGAUGGCCCUACAUCAGACAGUGGUCUUAAAAUGGAAGUUUUAAAGGCAGUGACGGCCUUAGUAAAGAAUUACCCAAGACACAUGAUUUCUUCCAUGCAGCAGAUUCUUCCCAUUGUUUGGAAUACCCUCACAGAAAGUGCAGCAUUCUAUGUGAGAACAGAAGUAAAUUACACAGAAGAGGUAGAGGACCCAGUGGAUUCUGAUGGUGAAGUUUUGGGCUUUGAAAACCUAGUAUUCAGCAUAUUUGAGUUUGUUCAUGCACUGUUAGAAAACCCCAGAUUUAAAAGCACAGUAAAAAAAGCUUUGCCAGAGCUAAUAUAUUACAUCAUUCUCUAUAUGCAGAUCACAGAAGAGCAGAUAAAAGUCUGGAGUGCAAACCCACAACAGUUUGUUGAGGAUGAAGAUGAUGACACAUUUUCUUAUACAGUUAGAAUUGCUGCACAGGAUUUAUUGUUGGCUGUGGCAGCUGAUUUUCAGAAUGAGAGUGCAACAGCUUUGGCCGCAGCAGCUACAAGACACUUGCAGGAAGCUGAGCAAGCUAAGAACAGCGGCACUGAGCAUUGGUGGAAGAUACAUGAAGCUUGCAUGCUGGCUUUAGGUUCAGUCAAAUCUCUUAUCACAGAUAGUGUGAAGAAUGGCAGAAUACACUUUGACAUGCAUGGAUUCCUAACAAAUGUUGUUCUUGCAGACCUCAACUUGUCAGUGUCGCCUUUCCUGCUCGGUCGUGCUCUUUGGGCUGCCAGUCGCUUUACAGUUGCCAUGUCUCCAGAGCUCAUCCAGCAGUUUCUGCAAGCCACAGUUAGUGGUCUUCAUGAAACCCAGCCCCCUUCUGUGCGGAUUUCUGCAGUAAGGGCUAUUUGGGGUUACUGUGACCAGCUGAAGAUCUCUGAGAGUACACAUGUCUUACAGCCUUUCCUUCCCAGUAUCCUAGAUGGACUAAUCCACUUAGCAGCCCAGUUCAGUUCAGAGGUCCUCAAUCUUGUGAUGGAAACACUUUGCAUUGUCUGUACGGUAGAUCCGGCUUUUACAGCAAGCGUAGAAAACAAGAUCUGCCCCUUCACCAUUGCCAUCUUCCUCAAGUAUAGUAAUGAUCCUGUAGUUGCCUCUCUUGCCCAAGACAUCUUCAAGGAAUUAGCACAGAUAGAAGCAUGCCAGCAUGCAAUGCAGAUGAGAUUAAUCCCAACUCUGGUCAGCAUUAUGCAGGCUCCUGCGGAUAAGAUACCAGCAGGGCUUUGUGCAACUUCAAUAGAUAUAUUAACAACUGUUGUGAGACAUACUAAACCACCUCUUUCAGAGCUCUUAAUCUGCCAAGCUUUUCCUGCUGUGGCUCAGUGUAGCCUGCAUACAGAUGACCAUGCAACCAUGCAGAAUGGUGGUGAAUGUCUGCGUGCAUACAUCUCGGUAGCCCUGGAACAAAUUGCACAGUGGCAUGAUGAGCAAGGCCACAAUGGACUGUGGUACGUGAUGCAGGUGGUGAGCCAGCUUCUAGAUCCACGCACCUCAGAAUUCACAGCUGCCUUUGUAGGCAGAUUAGUUUCCACGUUGAUUUCCAAAGCAGGGAGUGAAUUGGGAGAGAAUCUGGACCAGAUUCUGAGAGCAAUUCUUAGUAAAAUGCAGCAAGCAGAAACACUCACUGUAAUGCAGUCUUUGAUCAUGGUGUUUGCUCAUCUAGUUCAUUCUCAGCUGGAACCACUACUAGAAUUUCUUUGUAGUCUCCCUGGACCAACAGGCAAACCUGCUCUGGAGUUUGUAAUGUCGGAGUGGAUGAGUCGACAACAUUUGUUCUAUGGACAAUAUGAAGGCAAGGUCAGUUCUGUUGCCCUAUGCAAACUCCUUCAAUAUGGCAUCAACACAGAUGACAAGCGGCUACAGGAUAUUAGAGUAAAAGGAGAAGAAAUAUUUAAUAUGGAAGAAGGAAUACGUACACGAUCAAAAGCAGUCAAAAAUCCUGAGCGCUGGACAAACAUUCCCUUGUUAAUUAAAAUCUUAAAACUGAUAAUAAAUGAACUUUCCAAUGCAAUGGAAGCAAAUGCUUCCCGCCAAACUGCUGCAGACUGGAGCCAAGAUGAAUCCAAUGACAUGUGGGAAGAUCAGGAAGAGGAGGAUGAAGAAGAGGAUGAAGGUUUAACAGGACAGCUACUGUCAGAUAUUCUUGCCACAAACAAAUAUGAUGAUGAUUACUAUGAAGAUGAUGAUGAGGAUGAUCCUGAUGCACUGAAGGACCCUCUGUAUCAGAUAGACCUACAGGCUUACCUUACAGACUUCCUGUGUCAAUUUGCACAGCAGCCUUGUUAUGCAGUGUUCUCAGACCACCUCAAUGAGAAUGAAAGAAGAGUGCUUCAUGCCAUUGGCAUAUAACGCGAGAUCAU